ACCCCAGUAAAAGCCCACUCUUUCCCCCCAACACCCCGGCGGAAACUCCCUCUCCUCUCCCUACCCCACGCCGACGGCACGGCCGAAACCCUCGUCCCAGCCUCCGCUAUGGCCGGCCGCGGCGCCUCCCCCGCCCCGGCGGCCGCCGUCCAGGUGCGCUGCGCCGGCUGCCGCGGCGUCCUCGCCGUGGCCCCCGGCAUGACCGAGUUCAUCUGCCCCAAGUGCCGCAUGGCGCAGCGCCUCCCGCCGGAGCUCAUGCCGCCCUCCCCGCCCAAGGCCUCCCCGACCCCGCCGCCCUCGGCCCCGACCCCGACGCCGCCUCCCCCUUCGCUGCCGCCGCCUCCGCCGGCGCCGGCGCCCCACGCUCCGCCACCUCCCGGCCGCCGCUCCGCUCCCCGGGCGCAGGGCGUGGACCCCACCAAGAUCCAGCUCCCGUGCGCGCGCUGCAAGGCCGUCCUCAACGUGCCCCACGGCCUCGCCCGCUUCCGGUGCCCGCAGUGCGGCGUCGACCUCGCCGUCGACAUGUCCAAGCUCCGCCAUUUCCUCGCCUCCGCCGGCCCGGGCUUCGUCCCGCCCCCCAUGCCGCCGCCGCCGCCGGUGCCGAUGCCGCACAUGCCCUUCCUGCCCAUGAUGCCGCCGCACCUCCAGGUACCCAUGGUGCCCAUGUUUCCACCUGCUGAGCCACCUGAGGAGAUCAAUGAGGUUGCAGUUGAUGUUGAGCGUGACGAAGAUGAAGGUGGUACUUUUGGGGAAACUUUCAUUGAUUAUAGGCCUCCCAAGCUCUCUCUUGGUCUUCCUCAUCCUGACCCUGUAGUAGAAACAUCAUCCUUAUCAGCGGUGCAACCUCCUGAACCUACUCACAAGUUGACUAUCAUGGAAGAAUUGGAUAAAAGAAAUGCAUUAUCUUGCUUACAAAUUGAAACAUUAGUGUAUGCUUGUCAGAGGCAUCUUCAUCAUCUCCCGACAGGUGCUAGAGCAGGUUUCUUCAUUGGUGAUGGAGCUGGCGUUGGUAAAGGACGUACUAUUGCUGGAUUGAUCUGGGAAAAUUGGCAACAGGGAAGGCAUAAGGCUUUGUGGAUAUCAAUUGGUUCGGACCUGAAAUAUGAUGCUCGUAGAGAUCUGGAUGAUGUUGGUGCAAAGUGUGUGGAAGUGCAUGCUUUAAAUAAGCUUCCAUAUUCUAAGCUAGACUCUGAAGCCAUUGGGAUCAAAGAUGGAGUUGUUUUUGUAACUUAUAGCAGCUUGAUAGCAUCCUCUGAAAAAGGCCUUUCCCGUUUGCAGCAGUUGGUACAGUGGUGUGGAUCUGAGUUUGAUGGUCUUCUGGUGUUUGAUGAGUGCCACAAGGCCAAAAAUCUGAUUCCUGAGGCAGGGAGCCAGCCCACCCGCACUGGUAAAGCUGUUCUUGAGAUUCAGGAAAUGUUACCUCAAGCCCGGGUUGUUUAUUGCUCAGCAACUGGUGCAUCUGAGCCUCGAAAUUUAGGUUACAUGGUUCGGCUUGGUCUCUGGGGAGAUGGAACAUCAUUUGAGAAUUUUAACCAAUUUCUAGGUGCUCUUGAGAAAGGAGGUGUGGGUGCUCUUGAACUUGUUGCCAUGGACAUGAAAGCCAGAGGUAUGUAUGUUUGCCGUACUCUGAGUUACAAGGGUGCUGACUUUGAUGUUCUGGAAGCACCUCUGGAGGAAAGAAUGAUGAAUAUGUAUAAAAAGGCAGCUGGACUUUGGGUUGAACUGCGUGUUGAACUUCUAUCAGCUAUUGAAUAUUAUGCAGAAGAUAAAGUCAAUUCAGCUCAAAUAUGGCGGCUAUACUGGGCCAGUCAUCAGCGCUUCUUUAGGCAUAUGUGUAUGUCUGCAAAGGUACCUGCUGUUGUGAGAUUGGCAAAAGAAGCCUUAGCAGAAGAAAAAUGUGUGGUGAUUGGUCUUCAGAGCACUGGAGAAGCUCGAACAGAGGAAGCUAUUGCAAAAUAUGGCGUUGAAUUGGAGGAUUUCGUUUCUGGUCCUAGAGAGCUUCUUCUUAAGCUGGUAGAAGAUCAUUAUCCUUUGCCUCCAAAGCCUGAUUGUUUUCAGCAAGAUGAAGAAAAUGUCAUGGAAUUUCAGCGUAAGCGGCAUUAUGGACCUGAUGUGUCCUUGAAAGGACGAGUUAGUAAACUUGGAAAACUGGAAGAUGUGAGUGAUGCUGGAAGUGACGAGUAUCCUCCACCAGAGUCAGAUCAUGAAUCAACAGACUCUGAUGAGGAAUUCUAUAUGUGCCAGAUCUGCAACUCUGAGGAGGAGAAAAGCUUGUUGCUUUAUUGCUCUGUUUGUGCUGCACGUGUUCACCCUGGCUGCCUAACUCCACCUUGGACUGAUGCCUUGACUGAUGAUUGGUCAUGUUAUGGUUGCAAGGAGAAAGUCGAAAACUACUUCAAAGAAAGAGAUGCUUACUUGACUGAACUGUCGAAGAGGUAUGAUGCUGCAGUGGAGCGCAAGUCAAAGAUUCUUGACAUUAUUCGUUCAUUGGAUUUACCUAAUAAUCCUCUAGAUGAUAUCAUCGAUCAGCUUGGUGGUCCAGACAAUGUUGCAGAAAUAACUGGGCGGCGUGGUAUGCUAAUAAGAGCAUCAGAUGGAAAAGGUGUUAUUUACCAGGCGAGGAACACGAAAGAUGUUGCAUUGGACAUGAUCAAUAUGCAUGAAAAGCAGCAGUUCAUGAAUGGAGAAAAGAAUAUUGCGAUAAUAUCGGAAGCAGGAUCAGCUGGUGUUUCUCUGCAUGCUGAUCGAAGGGCAAAAAAUCAGAGGAGAAGAGUACACAUAACACUAGAGCUUCCUUGGAGUGCAGACCGUGCAAUUCAGCAGUUUGGUAGAACCCAUCGUUCUAAUCAAACUUCUGCACCUGAAUAUAGGCUUAUUUUUACAAACCUUGGUGGCGAAAAGCGAUUUGCAUCAAUCGUGGCGAAGAGACUGGAGUCUCUUGGAGCUUUAACACAAGGAGAUCGGAGAGCUGGACCAUCACUUAGUGCCUUUAACUAUGACAGUAAUUAUGGAAAGAAAGCCCUGACAAUGAUGUACAGAGGAAUAAUGGAACAGGACACAUUUCCAGUUGUGCCUUUGGGAUGCUCUGAGAAUCAAGCUAACCUCGAAGAGUUCAUCACUAAAGCAAAAGCUGCUUUGGUGUCAGUUGGAAUUAUUAGGGAUCCUGUAAUGUGCAAUGCAAAAAAUGGUGGAAAGCUUACUGGUAGGAUUAUUGAUUCUGAUAUGCAUGAUGUGGCCCGUUUCCUUAAUCGUAUUCUAGGAUUGUUUCCGGACAUCCAGAAUAGAUUAUUUGAUCUUUUCACAAGCAUACUUGAUUUAGUCAUUCAGAAUGCACGAACUGAAGGGCAACUUGAUUCUGGUAUUGUUGAUAUCAAAGCUAAAAGUGUCAAAAUGAAAGAAUCCCCAAAGACUGUUCAUGUCGAUACCUUGUCUGGUGCUACUACAGUAUUAUAUACUUUUACAAUUGACCGUGGAGUUUCUUUUGAGUUAGCAAAUGCAAUUCUUGAAGAAAGGCUGAAAGAUGAAGCAGGUUCUUCUAGUGAUGGAUUCUAUGAGUCCAGAAAAGAAUGGAUGGGCAGAAGACACUUUCUACUAGCUUUUGAGGGCUCAACUGAAGGUAUGUACAGAGUAAUUCGUCCUGCUGUUGGGGAAGCUUCAAGGGAGAUGCCUUUGGUUGAACUUAAAAGCAAGUAUAGGAAGGUCUCAUCUGUUGACAAAGUUGGCAAAGGUUGGCAAGAAGAGUAUGAUGCUUCAUCCAAGCAGUGUAUGCAUGGGCCAAAGUGUAAACUUGGAAGCCAUUGUACCGUGGGAAGAAGGUUACAGGAGAUUAAUAUCUUGGGUGGUUUAAUACUUCCUGUAUGGGGUGCAGUAGAAAAGGCACUAGCUAAGCAGGUGCGACAGAUUCACAAGAGAAUACGUGUUGUCCGCUUGGAGACAACAAAUGACAACCAGCGAUUUGUUGGGCUUAUCAUUCCAAAUUCUGCAGUGGAGUCGGUACUUGAAGGUUUGCAAUGGGUCCAAGAUAUUGACGAUUGACUUGGAAAGAUGCUACUCUUUUUGCAUUCUUUUCAUUGUUGUGGACCAAGUCUCUGAAGCUGAGGCAGCUUGGGAGGCACACUGGAGAAGCUUAUUAAUCUGGUGUGAUUGUACUUAGUGAUUAGGAAAAGUAUAAUAGAGUUAGUUAUAUAUAUAAUUAUAUAUAGUUAAGUUUGUCAAUUUAGGUCCGGUUGCAAGUUAGUCUAUUGCAGUGGAGUGGUGGACCCAUGGCCCAUCUGUUGCAAGUUUGUCAAGAGAACAUGUCUGAUAUGCAUCAUUAUCAUGUGAUGUCGCUGUGGCUCUUUUAGCUAUCAUGUUUGACAGUUGGUGCCCUAGCCUUUUCCGAUCGGAUUGGAUUGGGCAACAGAGGUUGCUGCAUCAACCAGAUUGAUGCGGUGAUGUUGAACAGAAAUUUUUCGCGUCGCAAACUGGUGGAUGAUUUUUCAGGUAACCUCUUGGUUCAUGUUCUUAUGUUAUUCCAA